AUGCUUUCUUCAAUAUCAUUCUAAAAAUACUUUCUUCACGUGCAAGCAUUUGUGAUCUCUCAUGGCUUCUUCUUCUUCUUCAUCUUCUUCGUCUCACAUAAGGAGACACCAUGUCUUUUCGCGCUUCCACGGUCCAGAUGUCCGUAAAGGGUUUCUCAGUCAUUUACACAGUCUCUUUGCAAGCAAAGGUAUCACGACUUUCAAUGAUCAGAAUAUCGAGAGAGGCCAGACGAUCGGACCUGAGCUCAUACAAGGGAUUAAAGAAGCUAGAGUCUCGAUCGUUGUGCUCUCGAAGAAUUACGCUUCUUCCAGCUGGUGUUUAGAUGAACUUGUGGAAAUCUUGAAGUGCAAAGAAGCUUUGGGGCAGAUUGUGAUGACGAGUGGAGUGUUCGGGAAAGCUUUUGAGAAGACUUGUCAAGGGAAAAAUGAGGAGGUGAAGAUCCGAUGGAGAAAUGCUUUGGCACAUGUCGCUACCAUUGCUGGGGAACACUCUCUUAAUUGGGAUAAUGAAGCAAAGAUGAUCCAAAAGAUUGCUACAGAUGUUUCAGACAAACUGAAUCUCACACCGUCGAGGGAUUUUGAGGGGAUGGUAGGGAUGGAAGCUCACUUGAAAAGAUUGAACUCUUUGUUAUGCCUGGAAAGUGAUGAAGUCAAGAUGAUUGGAAUUUGGGGUCCAGCGGGAAUUGGUAAGACUACCAUUGCUAGAGCUUUAUUCGACGACAGACUCUCUAGCAGUUUUCAACAUAAAUGUUUUAUGGGGAACCUCAAGGGAAGUAUUAAGGGUGUUGCUGACCAUGAUUCCAAGUUGAGGUUGCAAAAGCAACUUCUGUCUAAGAUUUUUAAGGAAGAGAAUAUGAAGAUACAUCAUUUAGGCGCAAUACGAGAAAGGCUACACGAUCAAAGAGUGCUCAUCAUUCUUGACGAUGUAGAUGAUCUAAAGCAAUUAGAGGUAUUGGCUAAAGAAAUCUCUUGGUUUGGUUCUGGAAGCCGAAUCAUCGGUACCACAGAAGAUAAGAAGAUUUUGAAGGCACAUGGGAUUCACAAUAUCUACCGUGUGGAUUUUCCAUCGAAGAAAGACGCUCUUGAGAUCUUAUGUCUCUCUGCAUUCAAACAAAGCUCUAUACCAGAUGGUUUUGAAGAGCUUGCCAAUAAAGUAGCUAAGCUUUGCAGCAACCUUCCAUUAGGCCUUUGUGUCGUGGGUGCAUCUUUGCGUGGGGAGGGCAAUCAAGAGUGGGAACGUCUAUUAUCUAGGAUCGAAUCUAGUCUUGAUAGGGAUAUCGAUGACAUAUUACGAAUCGGAUAUGACAGAUUGUUGACGAAUGAUAAAUCUCUAUUCCUUCACAUUGCAUGCUUCUUCAACUAUGCAAAGGUUGAUAAUGUGACAGCCUUGUUAGCUGACAGUAACUUGGAUGUUGGAAAUGGUUUCAAUACCCUAGCCGAUAGAUCUCUCGUGCGUAUAUCUACCUAUGAUGAUGGGAUAUCUGUGCUUUCUGAUAGUAACUUGGAUAUAGUUCUUGAACAGUCUAAGGAGCCCGGGAAACGUGAAUUUAUAAUUGAGCCAGAAGAGAUUCGUGAUGUACUGACAAAUGAAACAGGUACUGGAUCAGUCAUUGGUAUAUCAUUUGAUACAUCCAAUAUCGGAGAGGUUUCUGUAAGUAAGGAUGCUUUUGAAGGAAUGCGAAAUCUCCGUUUCCUAAGAAUCUAUAGGUUGUUAGGUGGUGAAGUUACUUUGCAAAUACCAGAAGAUAUGGAUUAUAUACCUCGUCUUAGGUUACUAUAUUGGGAUCGCUAUCCAAGAAAAAGUCUUCCUCGGAGAUUCAAGCCGGAACGUCUCGUGGAACUCCAUAUGCCACGCAGCAAUCUCGAGCUGCUCUGGGGAGGAAUCGAGCCCCUUCCUAAUCUCAAGAUCAUAAAUCUGAACCGAUCCUAUAGGUUGAAAGAAAUCCCAAAUCUUUCGAAAGCCACUAAUCUCGAGAGAUUGACACUUGAGAGCUGCUUAAGUUUGGUGGAGCUUCCCUCUUCUAUUUCUAAUCUACACAAACUGGAGAUUCUAGAUGUUAAAUUCUGCUCUAUGCUACAAGUUAUUCCCACCAACAUCAACUUAGCAUCUCUUGAGAGACUCGACGUGAGUGGUUGCUCACGAUUGAGAACUUUUCCAGAUAUCUCCAGUAACAUCAAGACACUCAUUUUCGGAAAUAUAAAGAUAGAAGAUGUCCCUCCAUCAGUUGGAUGUUGGUCUCGUCUUGAUCAACUUCACAUUAGCAGCCGAAGCCUCAAGAGAUUGAUGCAUGUACCACCAUGUAUAACUUUGCUAUCUCUGAGAGGUAGUGGUAUAGAGAGGAUUACAGAUUGCGUCAUAGGUCUCACUCGUCUACAUUGGCUGAAUGUCGAUAGCUGCAGAAAACUCAAGUCAAUUCUGGGUCUCCCCUCCUCCCUCAAGGUCCUAGAUGCAAAUGAUUGUGUAUCACUCAAGAGAGUACGCUUCUCUUUCCAUAACCCAAUGCACACACUCGAUUUCAACAACUGUUUGAAACUGGAUGAAGAAGCAAAAAGAGGAAUCAUACAACGAUCAGUGUCCAGGUACAUAUGCUUACCAUGUAAAAAGAUCCCUGAAGAGUUCACUCACAAAGCAACAGGCAAAUCCAUAACCAUCCCUCUGGCACCUGGUACUCUCUCUGCUUCCUCAAGGUUUAAGGCUUCCAUUCUCAUUUUGCCAGUUGAGAGCUACGAAACUGAAGGUAUAAGUUGUAGUAUAAGAACCAAAGGAGGUGUUGAAGUUCAUUGCUGCGAGCUUCCAUAUCACUUUUUGCGUGUUCGGUCAGAACACCUGUUUAUAUUUCAUGGUGACUUGUUUCCCCAAGGAAACAAAUACCAUGAAGUGGAUGUGACUAUGAGCGAGAUUACAUUUGAGUUCAGCCACACUAAAAUCGGUGACAAGAUUAUUGAGUGUGGUGUACAGAUCAUGACAGAGGGAGCUGAGGGUGACAGUAGCAGGGAAUUGGAAGUUUUGAAACUGAGAGUAGCAGCAGCCCAGUUGGGAGAUUUGUUGGGAAAUUUGAAUUUGGAGGCAACAACAAUCACCACACAGAUGGAAAUGGAGAUGGAAACUAUGAAGCAGAAGGUUCCAAGUUCUCUCAAGAUGAAAACAUCAAAACCAGCAAACGUUGGUUUUAUGAGUUGGCUUCGGAAGCUUGAUGGAGAUGGAGAAUAUGAGCCUGAAGCUGUUAAGCUCUGUAAAUGUCUUCCCAUUAACCAGCAUAAAAGAUAUAUUGCUCUGUUCUUUAGUCGUCGCGAAUUCUUUGGGAACAAUCUUAAGAGAUGGAUUUAUCUGAGUUUGCAGAGUGAUGUUAGAAUUGAUUCUGGUAGGAGAUUGGGAAUUUCGACGCAGCACCUGAUUCUCCAGUGAUCAAAUCUAAGUCCACACAAAGAGACCAUAUUGUCCAAUCAGUUCCAGAUACUUGGUGCAUUGCCUUCUGUUGUGAGCAUAAAACGGCAAACCCUAUGAAAGAAGGUUGAUAGCAUUAGAGAAAACAGAGCAUUGCAGCUCACACAGUCCACCCAUGAACUGAUGAUUUUUCCGGAUUGAUUGCAUCUUAGAAUCAUAAUCCUGUUUCCAUUGGCCUUAAUUAGCUGUUUAAGUACUAAGAAAAGUCUUGUUACCUUGUGAUCUAGUUAAUUAGCUGUUUAAAUACUAAGAAAAAUCUUGUUACCUUGUGAAUUACUU